AUGGCUGGUGAUGCCAAUCCUCGCCCUGCGGAGAGCCAAGGGCCGUCGACAGAUCUCCACAAUAACGUCGAGGGGAGGAAUGGGGGAGCCGUCGGGCUUGGUGAGGACGCUUUGUUGACACGAUCGCCAGAUUCUUCACCCCAGAGCUUCACUGUUCGAUCGUUGCUUGUUGGUCUUGCCAUUGGCACCCUUAUCACCUUCUCCAACACCUAUUUCGGACUGCAGACCGGAUGGAUCAGCACGAUGGCAAUGCCCUCGGCCUUGAUCGGAUUCUCGGUGUUUAAAGUCCUGUCGAACCAUCUCUCGUUUCCUUUCACGCCGAUCGAGAAUGUCCUGAUCCAGACCGUCGCGGGGGCGGUCGGCACGAUGCCCCUGGGAUGCGGCUUUGUCGGCGUGAUUCCUGCCCUGGAAUUUCUCCUGAAAGACGGAGAAGAUGGCCCGGCUGGAGACGGGGGCGUGGGAGAAGGCGGCCCCUUGAAAUUGGAUUUCUGGAAGCUGGUUCUUUGGAGUCUGGGCGUCUGUCUUUUUGGCGUCGUCUUUGCAGUCCCGCUGCGAAAAGAGGUGAUUGUCAGGGAGAAGCUCAAGUUCCCCAGUGGCACGGCGUCGGCGUUGAUGCUCAGGGUUCUGCAUGGCUCGGGAGACGAAAAACCAAAGGAAGCCAUCUCCCGGCCAGAGACGCUUUCUCCCCUCCUGAACGAGGAUCGCGAGUCGCCGCGAGAUGUACGGGAGAGUCGACAUCUCUUGCAGGAGGUUCAUGAUCUGAAGAUGGAAGCGGAUCACCGGAAGGAUUGGAAAUCAAAGAUGCGGCUUUUGAUCGGCGCGUUCGUUGUCUCUGGUUUUUAUACUCUCUUCUCGUAUUUCAUACCGCAGAUUCGAGAUAUUCCUAUCUUUGGACUGGGUCUCGCCUCCAACUGGUUGUGGACGCUCAAUCCGUCUCCGGCAUAUGUUGGUCAAGGCAUCAUCAUGGGCCCUUCAACAUGCAUGCACAUGCUGCUGGGGGCUAUUCUAGGCUGGGGGAUCUUAUCUCCACUGGCAAAGGCCCGCGGCUGGGCUCCCGGCCCAGUGGACGAUUGGGAGAAUGGAAGCAAAGGAUGGAUCGUCUGGGUAUCGUUGGCGAUCAUGCUAGCCGACUCGAUCGUCAGCCUGGGCUGGCUGGUGCUGAAGCCUCUUGUCAACCGAUGGCCCCAAUUCAAGUCUGCCUUGCUGUCGACCCCGCUGGGGAAAUGGAUUGAAAAGAUCCAUCCCCAGCCCCAUUCGCAAUCGCAUUCCUAUAUCAGCUAUUCUACUCUUCACACCGUCUCUGGAGGGGAGCAACGACAACCCCACGGAGACGGCGAGGAGGAGGAGGAGGGCGACGAUGAUGCCCCGCCCUCCGAGCUGAUCUCAACCCGGACAGUGGUGAUCCUUCUCCCGCUGACGCUCAUUCUGAACGUGGUGUGCAUGCACGUUGUCUUUGGCGACAUCAUGUCCCCGCUGCUGUCCAGCCUGGCCACCCUACUCGCCGUGCUACUCUCGAUCAUGGGCGUCCGCGCGCUGGGCGAGACGGACCUCAACCCGGUGUCAGGGAUCAGCAAGCUGACGCAGCUGCUCUUCUCGCUCGUCACGCCAGCGUCGCACUUUUCGCGCCGGACGGCGCUUGUGACCAACCUCCUCGCGGGAGCGGUCUCCGAGUCCGGCGCCCUGCAAGCAGGCGACAUGAUGCAGGACCUGAAAACCGGCCACCUGCUCGGCGCAAGCCCCAAGGCUCAGUUCUACGGCCAGAUGAUCGGCAGCCUCGUCGGCGCCGUUCUCUCCACAGCCGUGUACAAGAUGUACGUCAACGUCUACGACGUGCCGGGCCCCAUGUUCCAAACACCCACCGCCUACGUCUGGAUCUUCACUGCUCGCCUCGUAACGGGACAGGGUCUACCCCGUAUGGCAUGGCAAUCCUCCCUCAUCGCCGGCCUGGUCUUUGUGGCCAUCACCGCGCUGCGCAUCUUCGCCGCCUCCCCACUCGCCAACCACGGCCGGCGCGGCGUGUCCACCCGCUGGCGCGCCUGGGUACCUGGCGGCAUCGCCGUUGCGGUGGGCAUCUUCAACGUCCCCUCGUUCACUCUUGCGCGCGCCAUCGGCGGCCUGGUCGCCUGGUGGUGGAGCUGGAAGGAUACCAGCACCUUGCGACAGGCUGUCGCGGACUUGAGCCCCUUCUCUACAACUCCUCCUACCCGUGAACCCACCGCUCAGCAAGAUGCCAUCACCAACCCGGACGCUGAUCCGAUGGAGAAUACCAGUUUCGCAGGGGGUCCGCCGAGCGUGGAUGGAAAUCGCCAACCCUCCCAAGCAGACGCGGCGUCGUCCACUGUCGUCGUGCUUGCCUCGGGCUUGAUUCUCGGCGAGGGUAUCCUUAGCAUUGUCAAUCUUCUCCUUGCAAGUGGAGGGGUUCCUCAUUUAUAG